AUGUUCUUUCUAUCAAGCCAAUACCUACCCGUGGAGAAGCUUAUCAUCUUACUUCUGAAGAGGAAAAAAGAAGGCAAAUCACAAUGGCCAAGAGAGCACAUGUGGAGCCAACUGCAUUCAGAACCCAAGGACGGCGCGAAGGACCAUUUAAUUCCAAAGGGAACAACAAAAGGACCUGCAAAAUUAUCAUCAGGUGAAAUUUUUAGUUUCCCUCCAUUAAAAGUUGAAACCGACCGCCAGGGAACCUUACUGGUGAACUUUAGGUAUCAACAUCAAUCUCUGGAGUUAGCUACUUCAGCAGUUAAUCUUCUGUUGUUUCUCACUAUAAGUCAUGGACAGAUCUUGGAUAAUAGACAAAUUGUUCUAGAUCACCUCAUAUGUUCAGGGUUCCGUCCAAACUACUUGAAAUGGGUAUAUCAUGGGGAGGACAUAACAGUUGCAUCAACAAGCACAACCCAUAACGAAGAAGAAAGCAUAUUUCACCAUGAAAUGUUGAAUGAUAUUUUUGAGAUGGAAGACAAUAGAGUGAAUCCAACUCAAUUUAAAGAACUAGUUACUCGUUGGUUCACUUCUGAAUUUCAGAGUACAUGUGCUGUAAAAAGAACGAGUCGUGAAAAGAUACACGAGCCUCAUGUUACGGGAACGAAAUCAUUUGCCAGACUUGCUCAUGAAAUGGCAAUAAAUAAUAAUGGUGUAUACCCAUCACGAGGAGAAAUGUAUGUAACAACCCGCACUCGUAAAGAUGGAAGUAUUGUUGAUGAUAAAGUUGUUGAACUUGUGGCUUCAUUGAAAGCUAUUGGAAGUGACUCCAUAAGCACACCUAGAGAUUCAAGUGAUAUUACAAAUGAUAACUACUCAAAGGUUAAAGGCCCAGAGAAAAGGGGGUAUGUUCGAUUAGUUGGAAGGAUUCCGGCUGCAAAAAAGAAUGGUGACUCUUCAUCAGAUUCACAAACUGUUCAUCAACUAAAGAGUGUUGUCAACGUUAUGGCAAACAUCAUCCAAGAACAUAUCCCUAAUGCAAACUUGUCUGCAGUUCUUAGAAAUAUGAACAUAGAGGUCCCUAGUAUUUCUUCGGUCCCUAACAAUUCUAUAUCAGUUAACCAGAUAUCACCAGUAAGAAGUCAGGAUAACAAUGGUAACCACUAGUGUCAUUGGUAAGAAAGAGUUUACACGAGGAUCACAUUACUUCCAUGAAGAUUUUGAGAGAGAUUUAAGACCGUAAUGAUUUUUUGUGUUUUAUGUUAGAUUUUUAGACUUAAAUCGACACUUAUUAGGAAUUUGUUUCCAAACAUUUGGAACGUUUUUGGAAGACGAUUUAACUUUUAAUUGAAAUGAUGG